AUAAAUAGAAUAUCGCGAAAGUCACCUGAUAACGAACCUUAUUUGUCAAAACGAUAUCGGAGUAAAUGUCUCAAAAGGUGAAAGUCGACGAGCCAAUAGGCGACUCGAAAACGCGAUCAAGCAAGCGUCGGGAUUUCGAAGCGUCGAUUCACGAGAUUUCCAGGAAGCGAAGUCGUUUCGCGCCUUUUGCAACUGCGCACGUGUGACGCUGAUCUCACCGCGAGGCGUCGCGCGGCAGUUUUCGCGACGCACACCAACGCACACAUCCGGUGUGCGACUUAUCGUAGAUCGUAGAUUGGAUUAGUACAGAGUACAAGUACGGAGCAGAGCGGAGCGGAGUGGGAGAUCUAGUCCAGUUUGUCCAGUGCCAGACUGUCUGUGUCCGGCUCUGACGCAAGACGUCAAUCGAUCCACGUUGUGUCGUUUCGUACAUGGUAUACGUCGCGUGAUUUCAUGAUGUAGCACCAGGCGAGUGAUUCCCGGAGAGUAGGCAGACAGAUCGUCACAGCUGACUCGGUAAUCCGUAACGUCUAAUCGAAGUCUAAUCAAACGUUGUGUCGUGUGACGAUCGUUUUCUUCUGCAAAAGAGAGAGAAAGAGGAGAGAGAGAAAAAGAGAGUGUGUAUGUGUGUGCGUAAGAGUGAGAGAGAGAGAGAAAGUUCUUUGCCUUCGUCGGCCAUCCCAGGCAAUCUUCGAAUUUCCCGUUGAUCCCGUAUUCCCGACGUCGUCGCGCGCGGAGUCAAGCAGAGAGAGUCGUCAAGAUAUACACGCUCCGGGACCCACCAUCCGGGACGGAGUGCGUGGAGCCCUCGCGGGGCCAGGUAUCGAAGCGCGAAUCAGCGGCGCAGCGUCAAGAUGGCGUGUGCCACGAUCACAGCUGUUGUUUACCCACAAACCCGUGUGGAGCGGGCCACUGACUUAACUGGAUACUGCUGCCGCGGCUGCUGCUGAAAGAGGACAAGCGCGGCCUGGGCUCCCCGUCGUCGGGACUGGUCGGGGACGAUGGAAGAUUGUCGACGAAUGAACAGGUCGGAGUAACUCGUUGCGCGAGCGACGUGACGGCGACGUGACGAGAACGUGACAGCGACGACGUUGACGACAACAACGACGACGGCGGCGGUGGUGGUGGCGGCGGUGGAGGCGGCGACGGCGGAGUUGGUGGCAGUGCUGGUGGCAGCGGCGACGGCGGCCGUGGUGGUGGUGGUGGUGGUGAUAGUGGUUGUAUUGUUGUUGUUGUUGCUGGUGGUGGUGGUGGUGGUGGUGCGUCGUGAAAAGAACGGGACGCGCGAAAACGGACUCGAUGGAAGAGGGUAGCGGUACCCACGGCGGCAGAAGUCACCAGAUCAACGCGUGAAACUUAACCUAGUUUCGUCCGCCAUCGCACGGCACGAGGACGGCGACGAGGACGACGGCGGUGAGGCGGAGCGAUCUCGAGAGAGUGGCCUCGAUACCAAGGGGAAAGAGCGACAAAGUAUCACUAUGAAUGCCAGGACGCAGCUGUUCGAAUUGAGCAUGGAGGGACGUCAGGUGGAUGAGGCAGUGGCAAGUAUAUUCCACAGCGUGCUAUUUCAUCGGAGCCUUGGCAAAUUCAAGUACAAACAGGAAGGCAGCUAUUCGGUGGGCACUGUAGGAUACCAGGACGUGGACUGCGACUUCAUUGAUUUCACUUACGUCUGCUGCUCGUCGGUGCACCUCGAUCAGACGCUGAAGCGUGAGAUAUCGGGUUUCUCGGAGGCGCUGCGCUCCACCGAUAGUCCAGGUUCCGGUCAGAUAUCCCUAGAAUUCUUCCAGAGGAAAAAGAGUCGCUGGCCGUUUCAACCGGAAUGUAUACCAUGGGAAGUGUGGACUGUGCGCCUUGAACUUAUCAAAUUGGCCACCGAGCAUGAACGGCAGAUAUGUCGAGAAAAAGUGGGCGAUCUGCUGACCGACAAGAUCCUUUACAUCACCGAGGUCAUGAAUCGGCACGAUUACAUUCCAAAAGUGCCAAGUCAGGCCGAGCUGGAUCUGAUCUUCGAUACCUCGUACCCGGAUAUACAACCGUAUCUCUUCAAAUUGUCUUUCACGACUUCUAGUCCGUCGACCACCACGAUGGGCAACACCAUGAAGAAAUUGAUUAGAGAGACACUAUCCAUUUAGUCGUUAUAACGUAUAGUGUAAACUCUUCGCGUUAGUUGCAUUCGUUUAGCUUGUCAGAGUCAUCAAAACGCAAAAUCUUAUACUUUCUUUUUUCAUCUAUGAUGCACAAAUUUCUGCAUUGCAUCAAGCGAUUUUUCUUAUUCACAAUGAUUCUAACCUGCCACCGUAGCUGUUACUAUGAGUUCCAAGAAAAAUACUAAAUUUGCAUUAUAAAGAAAGCAGAAUGGUUUCGAGUCUUCGACCACUUGUUCCCGGCGGAAAUUACCAAAGGUACUCGGCGAGUACUUUGCCUACGUGGUAGACUCCGCCAGAUUUUGUAAGCUCCGUAAUAGUAGUAUCUCUUAUAACGAAAAUAAUAUUUCGUAUACAUUGCAGGGACUUCCGCUGCUCUGUCUCUAAUGUCUCUAUAUAGUACAAAUGAAACACAACACUGUGACACUUGCUUCUUUUGUACUUUACUAUGAACGUCCGUCGCAUAAUUUUAGCAGAAUCACAUUUAGUCACGUUUUCUACAAUAAUAUUUUACCUCCUAACUCUCACCACUUAAAUCUCCACAGAUGACCCGCUGUGACAGAACGACAUUAUGUUCCUCUUCUCGCUUCUCAUCCUUUUCAAAUGCUGUGUAUAUCGUAGAAUAGAUUCAAACGUAAUUUCCUUUAGUAGACAAAGAAUUUUCAUGCGUCACACAGAGAAGAUAAUUUUAUUUAGAGAGUAAGAAUACAGAGAUUUCGAGUCUAUAGAAGAGCAGGAUGUCUUCAGAUUCUUUAAUGUCUAGUAGAGUCUUUGAGAAUACUAAAUCUUAAAGGUACUCGUAACUUGCUCCUUGAUAAACUCCUCCGACUACACGACGGCUGUAUUUGGCGCUACUGUACACUCUGUUUUUCAGUCACUAACAUUGAAAGUAUGUAUAGCUAUCCUAAACUCUCUGACGAUCACAGAACGCUUGGAAUAUUCCGCAAAUGUAUAACGCGUAGCAUAUACACGUGUGUUUGCAUACAAGGCUGCUAUUAUUUUCAUCGUGAAUUUAACGCUGAACAUCCGAUCGUGUCCAAUAUUGGAUUUAGUAUUAGGAAAUUGUGUAACGACCGGGUCAGAAUUAGCGUUAAAUGUGCGGAAGAGCAGAGUGUUUAUUGUAAUUAUGUGUAUGCAUGGAAGCGAUUGUUAUUUAUUUUCACGAGUGAUGAUACGUGACGUAACGCUAGAGGCGUUAUAUGUAUGCAGAUUAGCAAAUACAAUUAUUUACAUAUUACUCUUUUUUUUCUUAAGUUGUAAUAAUCAAAGUUGUAAAAUAAGUUGAUAUAUCAUUAAGCCAAUGCGACGCCCGCAAUAACGAAG